CCCCUCAAGGCUCUCACCUCGCUACUGCGGACCACUCCGCUGGCUCGACCGUGCGAGUGUGCAAGACACACCCACACACACAUAUAGAGAGAGAGAGAGAGAGAGAGAGAGAGAGAGAGAGAAGAAAGAGAGCGAGGGAGAGAAGAAAGAGAUAGGGUUGUGUGCGCGUCUGUGCCGCCAACUGAACCUGGACACUACUGCUCCUCAUCCCACUGGUCAUCGACAUUGGGAGGGAUAUUCGGAGACGGACAGACCUACCUUCCCGCCAGGACAAGUACACCAUUCCGAAGUCGCUCUCAAUGGGGUUUACAACAGUACUCGAACCCCGUCUGCGUUCGGCCAUCCCAGAUACGCCGCCCGAGGUGCUCACACCGGACUCGGCCUCUUUCCCCUUGCGCCAGUUCGAGCGUGCUCCUCCGUCCCCGCCCAUGUCCAACUAUGAACCGACCGUCAAGGCAACCGACAUGUCGUCCGGAAAGGGGCCAGAGGAGUCUUCGACAGCCCACAGGGAGUCAUCGGCCGAUCGAAGUGGAAGCGGUGCGCCGCGAGAGCAGCUUCCGUCCUUGAGCAGCCUCUUUGGGCCCUCGUCCCAGACGCCCCUACUCCACUCGCCCUUCUCAGACCGGCCAGGACACUACUCGGCGUCGUCGUCACCACUCGACUAUCCCCCAAGGCCGACCGUGGGGUCGUCCUCGUACUUUCAGCCUCCUGGAUCUUCGGCCUCGCAGACGCGGAGCCUGCUGGAGUCCAAGUUGCCCGACCGCCCUCAGAUCCCGCCCCUGUCGAGCAUGUUUCCGAGACCGCUUUCGCCCGUACCGCGUCAAGAGCAACAACGCCUCGAGCACGGCUCCGGAAACCAGUGGUCGUCAGUACGCCACGACGCGAACCGGGAGUACUCGCUCGGCAGCCGAGAUCCCCACCAGUAUUAUCAGCCUCCCCCCCUGGACCGAUACUCAUCUCACUUGCCCAGCGGCCGGGGCGACGGCCGGAGAGCGGAUUUCCGAGAGCAACCGGCGCCGCAGACGCCGGCGCCUACCAACCCCCCGGCGACCCCGACAAGCAGCGUCGGCUCGGAGGUCCCUCCGGUGAAGGACGGGCUGGGGCCCAGGAUCUGGACAGGGACGCACUUUCUGCCGCGGUUCGUCCGGGCGGCCGAGGUCCCCGGUGAAGGCAUGUGCUAUUUCUACGAUGAUGGAAGUCACUGCAAAACAGUCAUCGAUGGCGAGGCGGUCAACGCCCAUUGGGGCGUGACCAAGGCGGGGAAACCGAGGAAACGACUGGCCAUCGCGUGCGUAACGUGCCGCGAGAAGAAGAUCAAGUGCGACCCGGACUAUCCGCGGUGCUUGCAGUGCGAGAAGUUUGGCCGGGUAUGCAAGUUCAAGAAUGCGCCCCGAGGAGGUCAUAAUAACAAUGCGCCUUCUACGCCCCCCGCCGAUCAGGAAGAGAUGCGUCGGUUAGGCAGCGGAACGGCUUCGCGGCCGACGACGGAGAGCGGCAGUAACAGCAGCACCACUACCACCAACAACAACCACAACAGCAGCAGCAAUCAGCAGUACCAUUAUCCAAGACCGGACAGCCACUCGAGCGGAUCGGUAUCGCCGCGGACAACAACCGCGCACCGGCCGGCAAGUCCUGAUCCGGCCGGCUCCGGGCCACGGAAGUUGGCCCGUGUCGGCUACAACCACUACAGCCCGACUACUGGGCGGGUGUCUCCGCUGACUCCCACACCCGAGGCAGCGCAGCGGUCUACUUCGACAACAUACUCAUGGCGGCAGCCAGAGACAUUGCCGAGAAUUCACGAUGAUGUCCUGCGGAGGACUUGGCAGGCUGAAUCGAGACCAGAUGCUCGCGUAUGACAUGAUUUCACAUCGAUAAGGAUCCCAUGCAUGUCAUUCAGGGCUUAGCUCCCUCUGUCGUGUGUCUCCUUCUAGUCUCCAGGAAGGAGGUGGAUAAAGAAGAAGGGAGAAAAGAGACAAGGACGCAACGAAGUCUUGGUUGUGCUCCGCCCUGAAAUGGAAACGACGUAAUGAACGACCUAUUCCAAGUCAGCGGCAAACAACGGGGUCGAGUGUCUACCCCUUCGCUUCACUACUACAUAGUCGACGACCUUGGGGAAAGGGGGGCCACUGCUGAGGCGGUAGAACCGAUAAAGCCGA